GUAAUAACUAACAACAUGGAGUUCCCUCUUGGUUAUAGGGAAGUUAUACCCGAUCAAACAUUACCGGAGAAGUGGAAAGAAAUCGUAAUAAAUGCCGGUGGUAGUCAAAGUACUUUACAAGAUAUAAAAGUCCCUGAGAGAGCGGGUGGAUACUCUUACAAAGACAGCACUAAGCAUUUUACAAGAAAUCGUUUCAUCUACUGGCGCAUAUCCCACGACGUUCUCGAACUUGUCGAGCACAGCCUAGACGUAAAUCUUGCCAACUGUAAAGUAAGAUACAAAUUUACCGACAGGCCAAUCUUGGAUGGAAUUUCUAUACAUGAGACAGUUAACUCUGUUGUGAUAUUAGUCGUCACUGUAUCCAGUGUCCACAAACUCACUUUUCCACAUCCAGAUAAAAUACAUCGACAGGAACAUGUAUUGGGCUCUCACCCGGAUCUUAGUGUUCCAUCAAUCCUUAACGAUGCAUCGAAAAAUAUUGUUAAUGCAAACACAGGGACAACAAACACACCAGUGCCACAUGCAGCAGCUUCGUGGCUGACUUUACCUCAAGAAGAAGCAUUAUUUGCACUCGCAUACAGCACUGGAAAUAUUUUAUUAAUCCGUCUUGAUACAAUGACUGGGCUUACUCACACAACUGAAUUGAAACAGGAUUCAAUUGUUCCCAGAUUUCUGUCCGGCAUUGCGACUGCUUUUCGAGGCCGCAAUUCCGAAGGACACAUUCCAAUGUCGCUUGCUCUACAUUCGUAUGGUCAUGAAAUGUACCUUUUUGCUCUAUGCCGGGAAGGAAAUGUCAGGAUGUGGGCCUGCAGUAAAGCUCAGUGUGUGGCAGUGGCAGAUAUUGCCAUGGACAGUAGAGUCCCUUUGCAGGGGGUACAAGGACACAUUUUGAAAAAAACUGUUGGAGCCAAUGACAACGAACUUUAUUUGGGAACAUUUUUAAAAUUUGGGACUGGAUGCGAGUUUAGCAUUCUUAAACCACUACAGGAUGCUGGACUGUUCAAAUUUGUUAGGAUUUGUACUUUAUUUGCACCAGAUCAACAUUUGGUUGAUUUCUCCUUCACAUCAACUCGACUGUGGGCAGUGUGGCGAACGACAGACAUGGACACAGUAGCCGUGACACAUGCAAGGCUGCCGUUGAAUGGUGCACAAGUAAAUUCCGAAUGGGAAACUGCAGUACUAGUGCAACCGCCAGACAGAGAUUACAUAGUGAGUGAUCCUGGAACAGAUCCAAGGCAGUCAUACAUUGGCUAUAUUUUUCAUCCUGGUCAAUUUCCGUUAGCGGACAUAACUCGCGCCUUGAGCAUUUAUCGACGCUCUAAUAUUAUAACAGACGUGUCACUGUCUCCCGCAGUUCUGAAGGAACGUGUGUGUAUGGCCGUAGAGGCUGAAAUUCAAGCAGAAGUAAUGGAUUACGAGCUUUCAGAUGAUGAUUACUUAGAGAUAGCCAAUCGCUGCUGGUCAAAAUUCUAUUCCUGUGUAAUUCAGUACUAUGCCAACGGUACAAAACCUGUUGGGUUGUUGUUACUACCAAAUGUAUAUGGGGCAGUUUUGCUGAAAAAAUCAGCAUUUUCCCUGUUACGACCAAUGGAGGCGCUUGAACAUUUGAUGCUGUGCAAUGACAAAUCAUAUGUGCAAAGAUUCAGUACUACACCAGUCUUGUCCCAAGAUGAAGAUACUUGUCAAAAUUUAAUCACAUUGAUGUCUGCACUAGUUUUGCUCGACGAUCAAUUGACCGAGGAUUUGAAAAAUGGAAUUGAACGCGAACUAUAUCAUUUACGCAGUCCAGACAUUAUUAUUGAAGAGUUGUUAACCAAACAAGUACUAGAGGCAGAAGACCCUUUAUCCGAUUACGAUUUUCAAUCGGAAUUGAAUCGUAAAAUAGAGAGCAUCAAUGACGUUUCACAAGCAAUGGCUAUGCUGGUAGAAGCACUGACUUACGAUCUUGGUCAGCCAAGUAAAUUGCAGCUGGAUGAGGUGCAGGAAGCCUCUCGAAUCCUCCUCAAUGUCAGUCACUUGUUCAGCAGCCAGUUAGGAAUUUCAGCCAUAACUGAAAGCGUAUUGCAAAUCACUCAGCUCAGAUUUUCAAUCUGUAGAAAUUUGCUGAUCCUACAACAAUUAGUUUUAAAGCGGCCUGAAGCAUUUGAUCCAAGAUCUUUACACUCUAUAAAUUCUUCACUGGCACCUAGAACGGUUGUUCUAACACAGGCGUAUUAUGCCGUUAUGUGGAUUUGUGAAUCAACAGCCAGUUCUACACCAACUCAAACUUUGCUAGAUACCAGUAUGCAGCAUCUAAGCCUUUUAAAGCUUUCAGAUUCUGGAGUAAAUAUUGUUCAGAGACAACAGAGAUCAUUGUCUCUUUUGGAACUGUUUAUACAUAGUGGAGGUGCAAAGCAUGCCCACACUUUGAUGGCUCAUACGAUAACUGACACAUGUGGACUUAUACCAUGGCAUGAAAGUAUGCUAACGCAUGUUACUCUAAUGGCUCAAUUCGUUUGGCCAAUAUCAGGAAAUUUUAUUUUUCCGGAAUGGCUUUUAUCAAGCUGUCAGCAUUUGCUUGUUCAAGAGUACGUUAGACUAUUAAGUACUUGGUGCGAGUGGAACAGUGCCUCUCGCAAAUUUAUCAUGGCAGUGUCCUUGCUUGAAAUGGGUGAAACGCGCAAGGCCUGCGACCAAUUCCUUCGAGCGUGCAACGGCAUUUUAACUGACACAUUUUUGGCUAGUACCUUACUAGAUUCCUGUAUAGUGUCCGAAAGUAGCAUGCGAGUUAAUUACUUCUUGAAAGUCAUCCAGCUGUUUGAACAUCAUAUGGCCGCAGAUUGUAUAAUAGAGCUGGCGGAAACUGCAAUAACAGUAGCUGACGAUGACAAUCCAAAUUUGCCCACGCUUCAUUCAAUCAUAUUCAGACAACAUCUGAAUCUUGGACAUCAUACAGAAGCAUAUCAUUGGCUUAAUUCUAACCCAGAUCCUUCCCGAAGAGUUGACUGCUUGAGGCAGCUAGUAGCAACAUUAUUUGAGAGGAAAAAAUUAUUGGAAUUAGUUACAUUUCCUUAUGUCGAGAUGUACGAAAAUCUGGAAAGAAUCGUCGAAGGCAGGGCACGGAGUAUGGAUCUUAUGGAAAAUAAUUAUUACAAUUUUCUCUAUAGCUUCCAUAUAAAUAAGGGGAAUAUGCGAAAAGCUGCUUCAGUCAUGUACGAACAAGGCAUGAGGCUAGGACAAGAAUCCCACUCCCCUGCAAUUAUACUAAAACAGUCUCGGUGUUUGUUGGCUUGUAUCAAUGCGCUGCAUCUUGUAAAGGAAAAAUAUAGGUGGAUUGUGCGCCCUGUGGCUAAUCAAAGUCAAUCGGAGGAACCUGAUCCCGUAAAAAAACGGAGUAUAGAUGGCAGGGAAGUUUUGCAUUAUAAAGUGAAGAAACAAGUAGAAGUUUUAGAACUGAAAGAGAUCAAAGAUGAGUAUUACAUCGUUACAGCAAGAUUAAAGUUAGCCAAAUUAAGUCCAGAGAUACAAACAAUCGCGCGUGCUGGGCCGUCCGAACUUGUUGCAAUUUUAUCCAAUGUUGGUUUGUACACGACCGCUUUACACUUGUGUGACCGAUUUAGUUUAAAGAAAUCUUCCGUACUUGAAAAUUUGGCCUCACAAUGUGUAACUCUGAGCUUUCAAGAAGAUGUUAAUGCUUGGGAUUGGCUAAUACAUAAUGAAAUUUUUGAUAGAGGUGUAUCAGAUUCAAAUGUCACAAAUAUUGCUUGGAGAUUAUUGGAGCAUCUUACAUUGAAACAUGAACGGGAUAAUAGCAGCGAAUUGCACAAAGCUGUUACGAAAAAUCUACUGCAUCAUGGUGCUUUUCUACCGCAGUGGCUAAUGUCUUCUUACAAAGAACGCAACGCGGCUGAACUUCUGAGACUUAUCUUAAAUUCUGGUCGACUUUUAGAAGCAAAUGCAAUAGCCAUUGAAUAUAUUGGUGCAGUUAUGGGUAGAGGGAAAGAGUUUUUUGGUUUGGCAACGCCACUGGUAGCUACGUCGCCUGCUGUGUGGCUUCCGUUGAACACAUUAGAAUUGCUUCUACUAGAACUUGAACAUGCUAGCAAAACAGAUCCCAUGUAUAUAGAGAGCUACGAAGAAUUGAAAGAAACCUUAGACUACUACAUCGAAACAGUCAUCCGAGUUUCAGAAGAUAUGAUACAGAUGAAAAUAAACAGUCGAGUGGUUUAAC